AAGUAGGUCGCGUUUCCAAGAUGGCGACUCCCUAUGUGACUGAUGAAACCGGAAAAUACAUCGCUUCCACACAGCGCCCAGAUGGCACCUGGAGGAAGCAAAGGAGAGUGAAAGAAGGCUAUGUUCCCCAAGAAGAGGUGCCUGUGUAUGAGAAUAAAUAUGUGAAAUUCUUCAAAAGCAAACCAGAGCUCCCUCCAGGUCUAAAUCCAGAGGCUAAGCAAGCUUCAAAGGGACCAGAGAGCAGUGAAAUAGGACUCUCCAAGACAGCCAAGAGGAACCUGAAGCGCAAAGAGAAGAGAAAGCAGCAGCAGGAGAAAGGGGAGCGUGACACAGAUGACCUGAUCCAGUCACUAGAGAAAACAAGUUUGUCAGCGAUACCAGGUGGCAACGGGGAUGGAAAGCUAGCUGUGCCCGAUGGCAGCUCAGGGCCCCCUGCAGGCAGCAGCGAUGCCACAUCUGCUACAGCCACUUUGGAGAAGAACAAGAAAAUCAAAAACCUGAAAAAGAAACUGCGGCAAGUGGAGGAGUUGCAGGCACGGAUUGACUCUGGGGAGAUCAAGCAACCGACCAAAGAGCAGUUGGAUAAGCUGGCUCGAAGGAAAGCUUUGGAAGAGGAACUCGAGGACCUGGAAUUGGAUUUGUAAGGGGUUGGAAUUUCAGCCGGACAUAGCUUGCGUAGGAACAAACCGUCCCUGGGGAACAUUCUGAGAACUGUGCAACACACAGAGAUCGUGUCUUCUGGCUCCUCCUUUGUACCUUUUCAUUUUGUUUUACGUUGGGUGCUGUCUGAAUUUUUAAAAGUAUUUCUUGCAGCUAUUGAUGUGUUAGAUACCUGAGGACUCUAAAAAUGACUUUGCCACCCUCCUAAGUCCCUUUCUAGUCUCUUCCUCCUCAUGCCCUGUUGGAGUGGGUGGCUGGGAAUGUCACUUGACAGAGUGGGCUGACUUUCAGAGGCACCCGAAUGGGUGGAGUAUUCCAUAUCUUUUCCUUGUCCCUGUAUAAUACUCAACACUGUCGUGUUCUCUGUAAUGGCCGCUCCACCUUCUCUUCCUCCUCAUUUUUAGAAAGGAUGCAAUAAUAAAAAUUGCAGUAGUGACCUCUGAGUCAAGAAUAUAAGCCUUUUGGGGUCAAGAUGGUUUUUUAAAAAAACGUAUCUGUGGUAUGAAUACUUCUAUAAAUGUUCCUUUCAUUAGCUGGUGGAAA